GGCCACUUUUGCAGGCCUGAGCAGGCUUGGGGUGUUUGUAAACAGCAGGGUGGGGAGGUGGCCUCCAGGGCUCUGACUCAGGCGCAGGUUGUGCAAGCCAGGCAGGAAGAACAGGGCAGGCACUCCCACCUUGGACCUGGGUGGGAGGCGGCGGCCACCUGGCUGGGGGUGGGGAACAGUGCCCCUCUCACUUCUCUGCUUUGGGGGCUGCUCUUCAGGCUGCUGUUUGGGAUGCUGUACCCAGCUUAUGCUUCCUACAAGGCUGUGAAGACCAAGAACAUUCGUGAAUAUGUCCGAUGGAUGAUGUAUUGGAUCGUCUUUGCACUCUUCAUGGCGGUGGAGACCUUCACGGAUGUCUUUAUUUCCUGGUUCCCUUUCUACUACGAGAUCAAGAUGGCGUUUGUGCUGUGGCUGCUUUCUCCCUACACCAGGGGGGCCAGCAUGCUUUACCGAAAGUUUGUCCACCCAUCCUUGUCUCGCCAUGAGAAGGAAAUCGACACCUACAUUGUGCAAGCCAAGGAGCGCAGCUACGAGACGGUGCUCAGCUUUGGGAAGCGGGGCCUCAACAUUGCUGCCUCCGCUGCUGUGCAGGCUGCCGCUAAGGUGCCCUGGGCCUCAGCCUUCCAACAGCCCACCCCACCCCCGGGGCCCUUUGGGCAGGUCCAGCUCUCAGUCAGGGAGCCAAGGGAUAGCAGCUGUCCAUCCCGGGGGAGCCGGG